CGGGACGCGGGCGGGAAGGCGGAUGAUGGCCGGGUACCUUUCAACCCCACGGAGGUCACCGGGCGAGGCGCGUUUUCACUCCGAUUAUUGGGAUAAAUAUUUCAUAAAGAGCCGCGCCGAUAUUAAAUGACACCUAUUGAUUCGGGGAUCCCAGCCCGAUUCAUCUCGCCACCGCACUAAUUGCUGGCUUAAGGAGGCUCAGCCCGGGCAGGCCGUGCCGUUCCUGUCCUCCGACCUGGGCGCAGCGGGUGGCGGUCCCAACCGAGCAGCGGGGCUGCGUGUCCCCCCUGAGACGAAGCGAGGCUGGGGAGGGCGCCCCUCCGGGUUCCAUAGCUGCUGGGAGCAACCGAGGAGGGGCUCGCCAACGCCCGCCGCACGGCCUCGGGGAGCUCGGUCCGCGGCGAAGGCGAGACGCGGCCCGCCCAGAUCGGAGAGCAAGCUGGGCUGCCCGGCCCGACCUUCUCCGCCCGGGCCCCCGAGCCGAAUUGCUGGCCGGCCGGCUAAGCUGGCAGGCAAGGCAGGGCUACCUUAAGCGGGAGCCCCGCCCCGCCGGGCCGCUCAUUGGCGCAGCCCUAAUGGCUGGAAUUGAUUGCUGAAAUGCAAAACUUGUUGCUGUUUCUUCGGCGCGGGGUGAAAGCGAGCGAGCGAGCGAGCGCAAAAGAGGCAGCCGCCUUGGCAGCGUCGCUGCCUCUGAUCCAGAGCCGUCUGUCUGCUCAGUCCUCCGGGGCCAGCCUCCGCCGUCCUUUGCAAACCGGGCCGGGCCAUGCGAUGAGGUGGAGCCAGCAUCCCCGGGAGCAAAGCCGAUGACCUGCGGGUCGCCGGGAGAGCCCCGGGCAGGUGUCAGCAGCAGCAGCAGCAGCCGCGGCCGCCUACCCCAACUUUCCCGCAAGAUGUGAGCCGGGCGCGCCGUGGGCCUUCCUUUGCCUCCUUCCUGCUUCCUCCCUCCCGCCGCCGCCGCAGCGUCAGCAGCGCGCUGGCCGGCAUGUCCCGUUGACAGAUCCAGCGUACGGACCUUCCGGGAGCGUCGGGAUGUUCGCGCUGGAGCAGUUCGAGCCGCAGGGAGGAGGCGGUAGGAGCGGCGCGCCUGGCGAGCGUGGCGGCAGCGGCGGCGGCUUCGGGCAAGGCAUGGGAUCGCACUUCAAGCCGUCGCCCUUCCACGCGGGGACGUCGGGCAGCGAACCGGCAGCCCUGGGCGCCCUGGGCGAGCCUUCUUCGGCCAUGCUGGCCAUGAACCUGAACUUGCCAGGGGAGGCAUACGGUUUCCACGCCUCCCGCGGGGGCCACUCGGCGGAAUUGCAGCAGGCCCAGCCCGUCCACGGCUUUUACGGCAACCAGCAGCCCUCUUCCCACGGCUCCCACCAGCCGCCGCCGUCGCAUUUCGGAGGCGGUUUCGGGCCCGAACCCAGCGCUUCCUGCCUGCACGGCGGGCGCCUGCUCAGCUACUCCGGCGGCCAGCAGACCUUCGCGGCGGACGGCUACGAGCAGCACCUGGCCGAUGGCCAGGCCGGCGGGGACGGCUUCGGGCCACAGAGGGCGGGACCCCUCCAGGACUUCCAGCCGCCGCAGGCACAGCACCACAACCCGGGGGUGCCGGCCCCCUGCCUCCCCCUCGACCAGUCCCCGAACCGCGCCGCCUCUUUCCACGGCCUGCCGGGGGCCACCUCUUCGGAGCCGCACGGCCUGGACUCGCAGCAGCAGCGGCGGCUCUCCGGCCAAGGGGGCGCGGGCGCGGUGGACCCUCUGGAGUACAGUUACCCGAGCAGCGAGGCCCACUUCGACUUGCCCGUUUUCUCGCCGUCCGAGGCGGACGGACAGCUGCCUCACUAUGGAGCUGGCCGGCAGCCAGUGGCGCCGCCGGGCGGGGGCAACUUCCCCGGGCCCUCAUCGGCCUUGCCGCGGGCGCCAGGCGGCAUGGGAGCCCUGGGCAAGGUGCACCCCCAGCAGCAGCAGCAGCAACAACAACACGGCGUGUUUUUCGAGAGGUACGGCGGCGCUCGGAAGAUGCCGGUCAAUCUGGAGACGGGCUUGAGCGCCGGGAGGCUCCCUUUAAUACAGCAGCAACAGCAGCCCCCUCCGCCGGCUCUCCUGGCCAGACAGAACUCCUGCCCGCCGGCCCUUCCGAGGCAGCCGCCGUGCCCGGAAGGGAGCGCCGCUAACCCGGGCCUGCAGGAGGGCGGCGGCGGCGGCGGGGCCCCCCUCUUGCAAGGCCCGCAGCAUGCCCAGUUCGAAUACCCCAUCCACCGGUUGGAGAACCGCAGCCUGCAGCAGCAGCCGCACCCGUACGGGGGGCCAGGCGAGCCGGUCUUUGGCGUACACCAUCACCCGCAGGCCCAGCAGCCCCCCAACCAGCGCCUGCAGCACUUCGACGCUCCUCCCUACAUGAACCUCGCCAAGCGGCCUCGCUUCGACUCGUGGAGCGGCGCCGCCCUGGAUAGCCACCUUUCGCCCUCGGCCGCCUACCCUGGCCUGCCUGGAGACUUCUCGCCGCCGGGGCCGGAGAGCUUCCCGCCGCCGCCGCCGCCGGGGCCUCCACUUCAGCCGCCGUCGGGCGCUGACCACCAGGCGGCCCUGCAGCAGCAGCAACAGCAGCGCCAGAACGCGGCCUUGAUGAUCAAGCAGAUGGCCGCCUCGCGCAACCAGCAGCAGCACCAGCACCACCAGCACCACCACCACCAGCAGCAGCGCCUCCGCCAGCCCAGCCUGCAACAACUCGGCCACCAGCACCAGGGCCAUCACGGCCACCCGCACCACCACCACCACGGCGAACCCCCCUUCGAGGCUCAGGAGGGCGCCUGGUUCCCGGCAGCAGCGGGCGCGGGGGACUUGCUCUUCCGCGGGCCGGGGGUGGGCGGCAUGCCCGGCUUGCAGGAGCCCCCGCCGCUCAGGAUGUCAGCGGGCGGCGAGGGACACGUUCCCUCCCCGGGUAGCUUGCCUGGCCAGUUCGGCCUGAGCCCGCCCUCAGAGCGGAGGCCGGGUCCCCCUGACUUCUCCUCCCAGCCGGCUUUCCCCUUCGGCCCGUCGGCCCGCCAGGCCACCCCGCACAGCGCUUCGCCCGGCUCCUACGGGGGCCCGACGGACUUUCCGGCCUCUGGCCCCCCCGGCGGGCAUGUCGGGGAGCGGAGCGGCGGAGGCACCCCGCAUCUCCACGAGCCCCACAAGGCGCUGAGUUCCCCACCGUCGGCUUGGGCCAAGGGGGGAGGUGGCGGCGGCGGCGGCCCCGAUCUCCUCCUGCCUCCUCCCCCGGCUCCGCCACCACCCCCGGAGCAGCCCGAGCUUCUCUCCUCCCUGGAGAAGGCGGACUCGUGUUCCCCUCGUGGCGGCAGCGGCGGGGACCUCACCGACGAGGCCAGCAACGAGGACGAGGUCUCCUCAAGUUCGGACAACCAGCUGCCCAAGAGCUGUUCUGCCGCGGGCGCCGCUGGUCGCAGCCCGCUCCAACCUCGCCCGGGGGACCACGCGCUGCUGAGUGGACAGAAAGCCGCGGCCUUGUUCAGCAUCUCGGAGGACCAGCCACUGGGCCUUAAGAGCGGAGCCGCCGUGGCAGCUAAGAAACCCCCAGACGGCCCCAGCGCGGGAGGCGGCGGCGGCGGCCAGAACGGGGACAGCGGGGAGCUGAGCAGCUGCUGUGCCGCCGCCAGCGCGGAGAGCGGCAAGGGCACCAUGAGCACCAUCGACCUGGACUCGCUGAUGGCUGAGCACUCUGCUGCCUGGUACCUUCCCGCGGGGGAUAAGGCCCUCUUGGAGGGGCAAGACGAUGAGAAAACCCUGGCGCCUUGGGAGAAGCCCACAAAGGUGCCCAACCCCAGCAAAGAAGCCCAUGAUCUCACCCCAAGCAAGACCUCAGCCACGGCACAGACGGGCAGCCACUUGCAGUGUCUUUCUGUCCACUGCACAGACGACAUGGGAGAGGCCAAGGGCCGGACUGCAGUGCCGACUUGGAGAUCCCUGCACUCAGACAUCUCCAACAGAUUUGGGACUUUUGUGGCUGCCCUAACUUGAAGAAGAAGAAGAAGGGGGAAAAAAGAAUUAUUUUCUUUUCUUUUUAUGUUUAAAGGGCCACUCCAGCUAGUUGGACUAUUUUUCUAGGUUGGUACCUGCUUAGUGGCAUAGAGACUGGAAAGGGGUAAUUUAAAAUAAACUCACCUUAAUUUUUUAUUUUUCCAAUCUCCCACCAUAAUAUAUUCCCUACUGCUGACCUUCUGCAGUUGACCCAUGACCUGUAAAAUGUUUCUGCUCAAAAAGGUGGGUGCCUUUCAGCCUGACCUUGACAUCCAUUGCUAGUCAGAGGCCUUUUCUGUCUCUAUGUAUAUCAUCAUCAUAAGACAAGAUUUUUUUAAAUGCAUUUCCCCCUUUGUUCUACAGUGAUCAAAAUGGAAAUCCUGAAGAAUAGCUUCAGGAAAAAGAAAAUAAA